AUGAUGAAGAUCGCAAUCACCGGCGCCCGAGGCACAGUAGGGCAAACCGCCGUGCAGCUGUGCUCGCGCGCAGGCCACCAAACCAUCCAAAUAAACCGCACCGACACAGAACACGACGGGACCCCAAACUCGGAGAUGCGCACCGCCGACGUCGCAAAUGACUACGACGCUACCCGGAACGCUUUCAAGGGGUGCGACGCAAUCAUCCACCUCGCUGCCAUGCCUGACCCUGUGGGUAAGGAUGAUUGGAAGGUACACAACAACAACGUCAACGCGGCCUUCAAUGGGUUCCAUGCGGCUGGGAGUCUGGGCAUUCAGAGGGUAUGCUAUGCGUCCUCUGUGAACGCGGUGGGUUUGGCGUAUGCGAACCGGCCGUUGCAUUUUGAUUAUUUCCCGCUGGACGAGGAUGCGCCGCAGCGGCCGACGGACUCGUAUGCGAUGGCGAAGGAGGAGGCGGAGUAUCAGGCGAGAUCGUUUGUGGAUUGGUUCCCUGGGAUGAAUAUUGCCUGUCUGCGGAUUCAUGAGGUUGCGCCGUUGAAGGACGUGCGGAAGGAGCAUGACCAGAACUGGGAUGAGGCUGCUGUGGGACAGUUAUGGGGCUGGGUCAGUCCGCAGGCUACAGCUAGGGCUUGUUUGCUUGCUGUUGAGCGCGCGGAGAAUCUGCGUGGUUGUGAGAUCUUGAAUAUUGUUGCGCCGAGUACGACGCAGAGUACGCCGUCGCAGGAGCUGGCGAAGAAGUACUAUCCCAAGGCUGAGAUUCGGGGGGAUAUGUCGAAGAACCAGGCGUUCUGGACUACGGACAAGGCGAAGAGGGUUCUGGGCUGGACUCAUGAUGAGACGGAGUAA